AUGCGGAAAUGCGUAGUCCUAAUGUUCGUACUUUUGUUUGCACUGCUGCACGCAUAUGGUGAAAACACCUGCCACAAUGGCAAAGGCGACUGUUCGUCUCGCGAAACUCUCGAGCACUACAAAGUCAACGACGAUCCUUUUUCCGCAUACUUUGCUGUAAAAGAGACGGAAGACGAGAGCGAGUUGUUCCAAAGAGGCCACAUGAAGCCUCUAGGAUAUCACAGACCGCCGGUACGUAUCACAGAAGAGUUGAAUCAUAUGAUAGCCCCGGAGGACUUCCACCAGCAUUAUGUUGCCCGCCAUCGACCUCUCGUAAUUCGCAACGCCGUCAAAUACUGGAAUGCCACAUGGCGGUGGACAGAUGAGUAUCUCGCAGGCGAGUUUGGAGACGUGAGUAUGAAAAUGGAGACAAAAGAUGACAACAAGUUUGAUAUCCCAGCUGAUAUGAAAUUCAGAGAAUUCCUGGAUAUAUAUAAGUCACGUGACGUUUACAUGGUGGAUGAAGUCUUGCCUGAGAUGCGCGAGGAUGUCAUACUACCUACUUGUCUUCGAUGUGAGGAGAUGACCGAACGAUUUUUUGUGUCGUACUUUUGGAUGAGCUAUGGUGGCACGUCCUCGAAAAUCCACGUUGACACCGACGAGAACCUCCUCUGUGUUCUGCAUGGUGCCAAAACUCUGCUUCUCAUCUCACCUCUGUAUUCACACGAAGUCCAUGCAGAUGACACUCAAAUUCUUGGCGUAUCCAGGAUUGAUCCCACGGCUGUUGACUUCAAACAAUUUCCUCGAGCAAAGAACAUUCGCUACGAGAUAGCUCAUAUUAAUGCCGGUGAUCUCGUUUAUAUACCUCAGUUUUGGUGGCAUCAUGUUAUAUCGCAUUCUGGCCGACAGCAAGCCGUUGCUUUAUGGUGGAAAUCAAGCCCUAUUAGUGGACCUCCCGGAAGUCCUGUUCUGACUUAUGGUAGCAACACCAAUCGAUAUUCAUUUGCGAGUUCUCUUGUAUAUUACGAGCAGUGGGUGUUAAACGUUAGCAGCACGGCUCCACGACUAAAGUGUGAAAUGCAGACCGUUCGGAUGAGCCAAUUCCAAUGGGAGACUGAUCGAGAUCCCGACAGUCCACAAACGAAAGAGUACGGCUAUGAUGAUGAACAAAAGCAUGCACUGUGGGUAAACGGUGAUUACAAAGAUGACAAUGAAGAUGACGAUGAUAUAGAGGGUGAUGAGACGGUUUGCCAAUUCAAUGCCAGCGACUGGAGGAGUCCCUGCUUUCUGAAGGACUGUCACGUGAACGAUCGGCAUCCUGUGUGCUUGCGUUACAUCAUAGACUAUUGCCACGAGGUGGCAGACAAAGCGUGUGUUAUUGAAAUCCCCCAACUUCUCAAUAAGCUGUAUGGAGAUGAAUACAGAUCAAUUCCUAAUGCAAGAAAGCGAUGGGGAGACGACAUUUCCAAGGACUGAAUAUUGCAUACAAAUUAAUUAAGUCUUAAUACAUUUGUUCUAUCUUGCCCAUGCAAAUUAAAACUGACCUGUUUGUGUGAUAGUUGGGAUCACGAGCCGUGAUGUGGUACUGUACGAAAUCAUUCAACUCUAGCUAGUCAUGACGCCUGUUACAAGUGUAUACAUACUUGUUUAUCUUUGUUGCAGUGCCUUUAAUUCAAAGGGGUAGAGUUUCAAUG